GGACUGUUUCUCAAGGUUAAUUAUUUAAGCAAAUUCGAAAAGAAAUUUUUCGAUCAAUCGCAACGUUUCACUUCUUUUGGUGGGAUAUGAUUUCCACUUGUAACCAGUGAAUAUUAAUGACCCAUCUACAAUCUACAAAGAUCAAUCUUUUGUUAUGACGUUUAAGCAGCACGUCUUGAGUCAUGGUCAGGAGGAUUUUAAAGACGUCCUUGAUAAUUUGAAAGAAACUGAUUUUCGCGUGUAUCGAACAAGAUGGAUUAUUGUCUUUACAUUUGCCUCACUGAGUUGUACAAAUGCUUAUUUGUGGAUAUCUUAUUCCCCCAUUGCUAACUACUUCGUUGAGUUUUACUCAACAAGUAACAUGGUUCUCAAUCUCAUUUCUCUAAUUUACCCUUUGACUACGAUAGUACUUGGCUUCCCAAUAGCUUAUGUCAUAGAUUAUCUUGGAGUACGUUUCAUUGUCUUAUGUACGGCCAUUUGUAACUUAUUGUGUGGGUGCAUGCGCGUUUUCAGUAGCGCACCAUAUAUAAAUAUUUCAUCCCCUGGACGUCUCAUUUUGAUAGUAUUCGGGCAGGUAAUCGCUUCUUUUGCCCAACCAUUCUGCUUGUUCUCCACAACCAGUCUUGCGUGCGAUUGGUUCCCCGACAAUCAGCGUACCACCGCAAACACUAUUGCAUCGCUUGGAAAUUCAGUAGGCAUAUUGCUCGGCAAUUCAUUUGCCCCUAAUUAUGUCAAGAGUUCUUCCGAUAUUGUUAGUUUCAAUUACAUAUCCUUGGGAUUGGUUGCUGUUCAGUUCUUCCUGUCAAUACUUUUAGUCCGUAGAGGUAAACCAAUCACACCCCCUUCAUAUGUGGCGACCGUGGCUAUAGCCAAUCGUCGAGUCAACUCAAACAGACAUUUUAUUUCACUUCAUUCUUUAUGCGACUUUUUGAAAGCGUUUGCCCCACCUCUUAAGCUCUAUGGUUUUUGGAUUAUUACAAUUACAUUCAGUAGUUGCAUCGGAUAUUUUACUGUCUUAUCGGCCCUCUUACAGCAAAUUUUGUGUACUAAAGGUUACUCCAACCAGUUUGCUGGGUUUUGUGGAUCAAUCACAAUAGCUGCAGGCUUAGUAGCAGCUGGCCCUAUUGCAUUAUUUGUGGAUAGAACGGGAUUUCUUAUUGAAACAUUAAAGAUCACAUUUUCACUAAGUGUUUUGGGAGCUGUCUGCUUAAGUAUCGUAUUGUGGUUCCAUAACCAGCAAAUACUAAUCACCAUUUGUUUAAUUUGGCUUGGAGCAUUUGGUUUCUCUCAGUUUUCCCUGUGUUUAGAGCUAGCCGCAGAGGCGACUUAUCCAGUUUCUGAAGCAAUUACAACCAGCUUUCUUAUCAUCUCCAACCAAAUAAUUUCCCUUGUAAUGUUGCCUGUUUUACAGUUUACUGCACCUUUAGCUAACAAUUCAACUGAAAUUAUCAGCACUUGUGGUCCUAAUGAAGAUAUCCGGGUAAACAGUUUGCAAUAAAACUGAUCGUUUUAUAAUAAAUCUAUGAGUUCUUAAGAACUAUAUUUAAUAUUUUUAGAAACUUAUUUCUCAGACUAACCUGUAUCAAAAGCUUUAUCGUCAUUUAUGCGUAUUAUGUUACACUCAUCCCACGGGAAUAAUGCAACACUAAGUUCCAACUACAUUAUAAUACACUAUACUCUAAUAGAGAAUAACUGGAUAUGAUUAGGAAUCUCAUUGUCACAGUAAGGGAUUAGUCUUAAGUUUUUUAAUACACCAUGGCUUGUGAUAAAGCAGUCUUUUUUAGUGUCAUAGUAUUAAGCAAUUACUAAAGCCAGUGAACAUUUAACCACUUAAGAAUCCCUUAUAUUACUCUAGUCGGCCCCAUGAAUUAUUGUUUAUUUAUGUAGUAUCUUGCAUCAUCGCUGUAUCUAGUACAAAUUAAGAAAACAUAAUAAUUAGAAAUUCAACAUGGCAGGUGUAAUUAUUUAUCUACCUGUUUAGUGUAAGAUAACAAACAAAUUUUUUGUACUAUUUUUCUUUUGAUUAUCACUAUUAGCCAAAAAAUUACUAAUAUGGGUCAUCACAUUUGUCAUAGUAAACUUAUUUUUCAGUAAUAAAUCUGGUUAGAUUAUUCAAAAUCUUUUAUUUAAUUGUUAUAGACUACCCAACGUGAUCAUAGAAGACUAAACAGUUUCAUCUAUUCUUUUGGUAGAUACACUUAAAAUUACGAUGUAGUGUGUAAAUUUAGUUUCACUCAACAUCGUGUUCAAAUCUACCUAAUAUUGAAAUAUUGUUACGCCAUCUAAUCGGAGGCUCAUUAACAUCACACUAAAACUGUAAUUUUAAGCUUCAAUAUUCAGAUGUAUUCUUAGGAAUUACUAAACACAUAAAUUAAGAAUAUCUAACUUUAUAAACCGUGUCUUCGAAUAUUGCUUAUUCAAAAUGUUAUCGGUUGCAGUUGCCAUCUCUGAAUAUGCAACCUUUUGUUUUAAAUAUUGUUCACUUGGGUUCUGGUUACAGUUUAAGGUGAUAAUAAUAAUCACCAUAAAAAUACUGACGUAAAAGUCAUUUAAGUAAAUUUCCGCCCUUUUAUUUUGUAAAUUCGAUGUCUGAAUAGUGGAUAUUUUCAUGUUAACAAUAUAAUCUAUACGUAUCUGUAUUAUUUGUAGUUGAUUAUAUUUGGGAUAAGUGAUGUUUAGAAGCGAUACUUAUAUAGUUGUACGUUUCUAUGGAAAAUAUUAAAUUAUUAUUGUAUACGAAAGAUUACCAUUGACCUCUCACUUCAUUUUUGAUUUCUUUAGGAUUUCAGUGCACCACAUAUGGGUUUAUGUGCUUUCAUGGUUUUAUUAUCAAUUGUCCAACUUUUCACCUUAAAGCUACCAUAUAAACGACGAGAAUGUUUAAAUUCUGUUGUAAUCUCUAUCGGAUCUAAUAAUUCUAUCAAUGAAGUAAAUGAUGAAAUUCAAGAGGAUCUCGAUUAGGAACAAAGACAAAUAGUGUAACACAUCUUAUUUAUUGUAAUUAUUUUCUCUAUUUAUCCAUUUAAUCCUUAUGAUUUCUUAUACUGAAAAGUUGGAAUCACGUUUAUUUAUUUGUCUGCAUAAUAGGUAAUAUUUAUUCUCUAUUAUUUUUCGAUCUUUUUUGAUUGCGGGGUUUAUGAAUUACUUUUGAGCCAUUUAUUUAUUGACUGAUAUAUUUAUAUAUAUCUUGUUUAAAAAUACAACUGAUUACUC